AUGCAAGGGUUUUAUAAUUAGGUUAAGUCAUUGAUGCAAUCUAAUCAUGAGGAACCUAAUUAUGAUGAUAAUUAUAAAUGCUUUUGUGGUUAAUAGAUCAGAUGUGACCCAUUUGAUGAUUUAUACAAUCACAUUUCUAAUUGCAAAAAGUUUCUUAGUGAAUCAAUGUUUUAUAAAGAAUUUGAAAAGCUUCGAUUGAAUAUCUUUAAGUUACCAUAACUUUAUACAUUGAAAGCAGAAUUUCUGUUUAUCAUAAAUCAAAUUGACGAAAUUAUCAAUAAAAGUAAAAAUAUUUUCAUUUUAUUAGAAGAAAUUAGUUAAAUUAAUUCACCUAGAAGUGCUAAUAGAUAAUUAAAAUAAUCAAUACCACCGUAAUCCAAUUUCUCAUAAAAAUAAGUAAUGUUAUUUAAUUGAAAUUUCAGUCGUUCAAUAAUAUUCACAAAAAAUACUUUCCAACGAAGAGUCGAGAAUAAGAAAUCAAGCAGAAAUGCUCUGCUUGUGGAAAAUUAGAUAAUAAUGAGGAUGAGAUGGAAACAGUUUAUAAUUUUUAAAUUUGCCAACAUGCUCAUUGUCUUGGUUGUAUAAGGAAAUUAAUUAAUUAACAAUACAUUUUGAAAUCAGGAUGUGUGUAGUGUUCAUAUUGCUAAAAGUAAUUGAGUUAAUAAGAAAUUGAAAAGUAUAUAGGUUCAGAGAGAUUGCAAUACUUAUAAAAAAAGUUAAAAACAGGUGAAUCACCUGCAUAAUAAAAAUUAUAAUGUUCAUUUUGUUAUAGAUAUCUAAACAAUAAGGACAUAAAAUCUGGUUAAAGACCUGUUUGUAAUUAAUAAGAAUGCUAAUAAAAAAAUACAUAAGCAUGUUAAAAAAUUGCUAGUUGCAAACAUUUUUGUUCGGGAUAUAAGGAUGAGAAAAAAUGUUUGGGUUGUCUUGGAUGCACUAACCAAAAGUUAUCUGAAGAAUAUUGUACAAUAUGUUUUACAGAAUCUUUAUAUGAAGGUCCUUGUAUAUAGGCAACUUGCGGUCAUGUAAAUAAUUUUGAUAAUAUCAAUCAGCUAUUUCAUUACUAUUGUUUAAAUAAGAAAUUAGACAAGAAAUGGACAAGUAUGUAUAUAUCCUUUGGAUUCUGUUGUUGUUCAAUUUGUAAAAGAUGGAUGGUAUUUAUAUAUAUAAAUAAUAAAGGAAUUUCCCAAUGAUUCAAUUUCAUAGUAGAAAAUGAAUGAAUAUUAGGAAUUACAACAAUUAGUUCGUAAAUAAGCAUCUUUAAGAAUGGGAAAAAUGGGAGAUAGUUAAAUAUUAAAAGUUGAAGAUGCUUUAGAUAUUUUUGCCUUUUAUCAAUGUUAUAAAUGCAAGAAACCAUAUUUUGGAGGAAAGAAAGAUUGUCAAUUAGAAUUAGAGGCGGAAUCGAAUAGACAAAGUCAACAAGAUUUAAUUUGUCCUUCAUGCUGUGGACAAUAAAUUAAUGGAUGUAAGACUCAUGGUACUGAAUAUCUUGAGUAUAAAUGCAGAUAUUGUUGCAAUAUUGCAACAUAUUUUUGUUGGUAUUAUAAAUAGACAUUAUAAAAGGGGCACUACUCACUUUUGUUAAACUUGCCACACAAAAUAGUCGGGAGGCAAAUAUUUGACUUAAUUGAAAAAGGAGGAAUUGCCAUAGUGCUAAGGGAAGGGUAAAUGUCCAAUUGGUGGGAAUCAUGCACUCAAUGGAUAGGAAUAAUGUUUAGGAUGUGGUAAAUUUUUAAAUAAAUUUUAAGGACUUUGUAAUAAUUGAUGA